AUCAAAACAAACAAACAAACAAACAUUGUUUCUUUUUAAUAAAACAUGGGAAAACCAAAUCUCUUGCUCCUUGCACUAAUUUCAACACUAGUUGUCCUAGUGCAAUCCGAGGAUCCAUACUUGUUCUACACAUGGGAUGUUAGCUACUCCACCCUCUCACCGCUAGGCGUCCCCCAACAAGUCAUCACCAUCAACGGCCAAUUCCCCGGGCCCCGCAUCAACGGCACGUCCAACAACAACGUCAUCAUCAACGUCUUCAACAACCUCGACGAGCCGUUGCUCUUCACAUGGAACGGCAUCCAGCAGAGGAAAAACUCCUGGCAAGAGGGCGUGUUGGGCACCAACUGCCCGAUCCAGCCCGGAACCAACUUCACGUAUAAGUUCCAGGUCAAGGACCAGAUCGGCAGCUACUUCUACUACCCCACUACCUCCCUCCACCGCGCCGCGGGGGGCUACGGCCCCCUCACCGUCCACAGCCGCGAACUCAUCCCCGUCCCCUUCGACUGGCCGGAGGAGGAGUACAUCGUCCUUACGGGUGACUGGUACAGGAAGAGCCACACCGAGUUGAAGCGCCACAUGGACAACGGCAAGACCAUCGGCCGCACAGACGGCGUCAUCAUCAACGGCAAACAAGGUAAAGGCGAUGGUUCCGACCCCCCCAUGUUCACCAUGAUCCCCGGCAAGACCUACAGAUACAGAUUCUGCAACGUCGGGAUGAAGAACUCCCUCAACGUCAGGAUCCAAGGCCAUACGAUGAAGCUUGUCGAGAUCGAAGGGUCUCAUACCGUGCAGAACGUCUACGACUCGCUCGACGUCCACAUGGGGCAGUGCUACUCCGUCCUGGUCACCGCCGACCAGAAACCUAAAGACUACUACCUCGUGUCGUCAACACGGUUCACGAAAACGGUCCUGAUGACCACGGCCACGAUCCGCUACACCGGGAGCAACGAGCCAGCAUCGCCCGUGCUCCCGGAGGCACCGACGGGCUGGGCCUGGUCGCUGAACCAGUUCCGGUCCUUCAGGUGGAACCUGACUGCCAGUGCGGCCAGGCCCAACCCGCAGGGCUCGUACCACUACGGGAAAAUCAACAUCACCCGCACGAUCAAGUUCGUGAACACCGCAGGAACUGUCGACAGGAAGCUCAGGUACGCGAUCAACGGGCUCUCCCACAUGAACACCGACACACCGUUGAAGCUCGCAGAGUACUACGGCAUUCAGGACCAAGUGUUCAAGUACGACAUCAUCACGGACGAUCCUCCGGCCGACGUAGGCACCAAGGUCACCAUCGCGCCAAACGUGAUCACCGGCAUCUUCAGGAACUUCGUGGAGAUCAUAUUCGAGAACCACGAGAAGAGCGUUCAAUCUUGGCAUUUGUCCGGCUACUCUUUCUUCGCAGUCGCGAUCGAGCCCGGAACGUGGAGCCCGGAGAAGAGGAAGAACUACAAUCUUGUGGAUGCAGUGAGCAGACAUACAAUCCAGGUGUACCCUAAAGGGUGGGCUGCUAUUAUGACAACAUUGGACAAUGCAGGAAUGUGGAAUAUGAGGUCACUACUAUUGGAAAGGAAUUAUUUGGGGCAGCAACUUUACGUAAGCGUGCUUUCACCGGCACGAUCUCUUCGAGAUGAAUACAACAUGCCUGAAACUCAGCUUCUCUGUGGAAAGGUCAAGAACUUGCCAUUCCCAGCACCCUACAGCAGCUGAUCCAUUUUUUCGUGUUGAUUUGAGUGUUUUUCUUUUUCUUUUACGAAGCUGAGAUGGAAUAAAUUUUUUUUGGCUGCUGAAAAAAGGUAGAGUGGUGUUAGAAUUACACCAAAUAAAUUGAAGGGGUUUAAAAGAAAAAAGAGAAAAAAAAAAAAGAGAGAGAGAGUAGAAGUUAUAAUUAUGUAUUGGUUUGGGAUAACAACCUUAAAUAUUGGUUGGUUGGUUUGUAGGUUUCGUUUUUUAUAUAUAUUUCAUCUUUCUUGGUUGAAAUGCCAUGUAAUUUUCAUUUUUUAAUUUACCAUAUGAAUAAAAAUUUAAUAUUUUCGCUACAACAUUUUUU